GCUUCGAGAUGCAGCGGUAACCUGCUAAUAAAGUAUGAAGAAGGACAAGCGGAAGUAGGAGAUGGAUGGAUGGAUGAAAACAAGAUGAAGAAUUGCAAUAAAGUGCAGGGCUCACAUCGAAAAAGUCGGCUAUGUCUCGAUUGAUACACACAACAAUGAACGCAUCGAGCACUGAGGACAGAGGAGUCGCGGUGGUCUUUAUUGGAGAAUGGAUCUGAAAAUAAACACAGACUGUGCCUGCUUGAUGGUCAUCUUUGCUGCCAUCUUUGCUCAUCUAGCGACUUGUCAUAGGACGUGCAAUCACCGCGUCCCUCUUCCAGAAGAGGUGGUCCAUCAUGUGUAUCUGAAACCUGAACGUUUGAUGAAACGAAGCUCUGAUGACCUUCAUCUAAAAAUUAAGAUAAUCUAUGACUACAGUGUUGACCAGCUCCCCGCAGACAAGAGAAGACUUGUAAAGGAUAACCUGUUUCCGCAGGCAAUUGACUACCUCCAGAAAGCCUUAUUCGUGAAACGCAGGGUUGGGCCUAUUUUGCUCAGCAGACAAUGUGCAACCAACCAGUAUUUGAAGAGGAGGGAUGACCCACAUCGCUAUUGCCAGAAUGCCUGUGCAGAUGUCACACGUUGUGGCCCAGUUUUGAUACCCCAACACCACUUACAGCAAUGCAAGAUGUGCAGUGAGUCAGGGAAGUCCUGUGGUCCCACAGGCCCCCCAGAUGGCCCAGGUGUGGAAGGGUUUGACUUUGUACUCUAUGUGAGCAGUGUCAUCACUGAGCGUUGUGGACAGGAAAACAUUGUGGCCUACGCAGCUUACUGCCAACUGGAGUCGGAGUUGGACAGACCUGUUGCAGGUUAUGCCAACUUGUGUCCCACAAUGAUCACCUCACAGCCGCAGGAGUUUGAAGGAAUGCUCUCCACCGUCAAACAUGAGAUUAUUCAUGCUCUGGGUUUUUCUGCAGGUCUGUUUGCUUUCUACCGUGACGAUGACGGCAAACCUUUGACUCCUCGCUUCGCCAGUGGCCUGCCUGCCUUUAAUGAGAGCCAGGGCCUGUACCAGUGGAGUGAGGCAGUUAUCAAUAGUGUCAGCAGGCUGUGGGACAUCAGAGGUGGGAUGAUAGUGCGACAUCAAGUACAUCUACUUGUGACACCACAUGUUGUGGAGGAGGCAAGAAAACAUUUCGAUUGUCCCAUUUUAGAGGGAAUGGAGUUGGAGAACCAAGGAGGGGUUGGAACUGAACUCAAUCACUGGGAAAAGAGACUGUUGGAAAACGAGGCCAUGACAGGCUCUCACACCCAGAACAGGGUAUUUUCCAGAAUGACACUGGCUAUUAUGGAGGACACUGGAUGGUAUAGAGCCAACUACAGCCUUGCCCAGACACUCAAGUGGGGUCGUGGACUCGGCUGUGAUUUUGUCAUGAAGAGCUGCAAGUUCUGGAUGGAUAAACAGAGACAAAGAAGACAUGCUGUGAUGCCUUACUGUGACACAGUGCGAGCUUCUCCUUUGCAGCUGAUGUGCAGACAGGACCAGCUAGCUGUGGCUGUCUGCAACCUGCAGAAAUAUCCACAGGAGUUACCGCUAGAUUACCAGUACUUUGAACAGAUUCCAAAUGUGGCUGCUGACCAGCUGACCUUUUUUGGGGGCGCAGUGGAGAUUGCUGAUUUCUGUCCUUUCAGUCAGGAGUUCAGCUGGCAUGUGAGUGGAGAGUAUCAAAGAAACUCCAACUGCAGAGUUUCAGAGAACCAGCCAGAGUGGUGGAAGAAUUAUGCAGCAGAGCAGUACGGACCAGAUUCCAUGUGUUUGUAUCAGAAGUCAGCCUUUGUCAUGGAGCAGUGCACCAGGAAGAUGGCGUACCCCGACUGGGGUUCUGGCUGCUACAAGGUGUUGUGCACAGCACAGGGUCUGAAGGUGUAUGUGCAGGAACAUUCCUUUCUCUGUCUUCGUAAAGGGCAGCUGCUCAGCGUGAGUGUGCAAGUCAACGACUGGGUGUACAACGGUGUCCUAAUCUGCCCUGCCUGUACGGACGUCUGCGACGACUGUCCCGUCCCCCAUGAACUCCCAACCAGAAACACCUCCAGGACUAAGACAAUAGAUCCGUGCUCCAGGUAUGAAGAUAAAGCCAUCACUGUCAAUCUCCAGCUCGCCCUUGCUGCUGGAGUGCUCUUCUGCCAAUUCAACUGACAGAACGCCGCCUAGCACAUGAAGUAAUGUUUCAUUUUCUUAGAUAACUUGAAUUUUUGUGCGUGUUCUUUUCCAUUGGACAACCUUGGCAAGUGUGUAUCAGAAAAUGUUAUUUAUUUAUUGCAAAUGCACUUAAUUAACAUUGAUUUUGAGAUGACAUGUCGAACCCCUGAGCAGCUGGACCUUGCUCAAGGGGCAGAACUCAGGAAGCACAACAUUUGGUCCCCAACAACCAUCCAAACCAGAAGUGUUUGGCGCACAGGUGCUACAGCCCCAAUAUUGUAUACUGCUUGUUCUCAAGUUGAACUUAGAGUGGAUACAAAAAAAGUUGUGUUGGAUCAGUGUCACUGUUUUAUGAGUGCUGAAAAGCAUUAACACAAUACAGUAUUCUAUACCAAUUCAUCAUUGUGUGAAUGCUAAAGGCAAACAUCUUAUACUACGCAAUUAUUUUCCAAUUUUCACUGAAAGUCGUAUAUAUUGUUCCUCAACGCUAUCUUGCUAGCAUGCUAACUUUUUUAGCUGUUUUUUCAGGAAUACAAUUAGGGAUGGGCACCGAAUCCAGCCGGUGCUACCGGGUACCGCUUCACACAAAAUCCAACGAUGCCAUGUUACGGGUUGCCCGUGACAUCACGUCCAAUUGCAGACUCAGUCGGAUCUAAUUAGGGUCGUAGCGAUAAACGGUAUUAAUGAUAACGACAGUAAAACUCCCGACGGUUAGUAUUACUGUUAUAAAUUAAAAUGAUCGAAAAACAGAUUGAUAACCACAAUUUGAUAAAAAAAACAACUAACUGACUUUACCAUGAAUUGAUUAACGUGGACCCCGACUUAAACAAGUUGAAAAACUUAUUGGGGUGUUACCAUUUAGUGGUCAAUUGUACGGAAUAUGUACUGUACUGUGCAAUCUACUAAUAAAAGUCAAUCAGACUGGCGUUAGCUCGCCAGUUUGAAUGCCAACAUGAAAACAUAAGACAAAGUCUUUCCUCAUUAAGAAACGACAUACCCCAAUCUAAACUUAUAUAAACGCAUUACUGUCUGAGCAACUAAGCCAGGGG